AUGAGGCCCAUCCUGCUCAAGGGCCACGAGCGUGCCCUGACCCAGAUCAGGUACAACCGCGAGGGCGACCUCAUCUUCUCCGUCUCCAAGGACCAGCAGAUCUGUGUGUGGUUCUCCCACAAUGGCGAGCGUCUCGGCACAUACCGCGGCCACCAGGGUGCUAUCUGGACCGUGGACGUUGACCCCACGACCACCAUGAUCGCCUCAGGUUCCGCCGACAACACCAUCCGUCUCUGGGACGUUAAGACCGGCCGCUUGCUCAAGACAUGGGAUUUCCCGACUGCCAUCAAGCGUGUCGAGUUCAACGAGGACGGCACUAAGCUGGUUGCUGUCACCGAGAAGCGCAUGGGUCACCUGGGUACCAUCGUCGUGCUCAACAUCAACCCUGACGUCAAUGCCGAGCAGUCUGACGAGAAGGCCCUGGUCAUUGUCUGUGAGGAGAGCAAGGCUACUGUCGCCGGUUGGAGCUACCUGUCCAAGUACAUCAUUGCCGGCCACGAGGACGGCUCCAUCUCUCAGUAUGACGCCAAGACCGGCGACCUGCUGCUCAACAUCCCCAUCCACGAGCUCAACAAUCCCAUCACCGACCUGCAGUGGUCCGCUGACCGGACCUACUUUAUCACCGCCUCCAAGGACAAGACAGCCAAGCUCAUCACCGCCAAAGACCUCGAGGUCCUCAAGACCUACACGGCCGACACGCCCCUCAACAGUGCAACCAUCACGGCCAAGAAGGACUUCGUCAUCCUGGGCGGUGGCCAGGCCGCCAUGGAGGUCACAACGACCGCCGUGCGCCAGGGCAAAUUCGAGGCCCGCUUCUACCACAAGAUCUUCGAGGACGAGAUCGGCCGCGUGCGUGGCCACUUCGGCCCUCUCAACACUGUCGCUGCCGACCCCACCGGCAAGGGCUACGCCUCUGGUGGUGAGGAUGGUUACGUCCGCGUGCACCACUUCGAUAAGGGCUACUUUGACUUCAUGUAUGAGGUAGAGCGUGAGCGUGCUAAUAAGCUUGCUCAGCAGGCUGCUCAGGCGCAGGCUGCUGCAGCACCGGCGACUGCCAAGGCGUAA